UAUGUUCCAAUUUUGUUAGUUAUAUAUGUAAUAGCUUAUUAAGGACAUGCAGAAAGCAAAGGAAGAGAUGGAAAAACUGAAAGGGGAGGCACAAGCCAACAAGGAUCAUAUGCUAUGGGUGGUUUGGAUUUGUUACUUGGAUUUAUUAUCUGAUACUCUUAAGGCUGAGGCUGACAAGCUAAAGAAGUCAUUGGAGGAUGAAAUUCACUUUCUCAAGGGAAGGGUUUUAGAACUUGAAAGUGAUCUUGUGUCAAAGUCCACAGAAGUUACAUCUACAGUUUCAGGGAAAGAAGAAGUUCCAUCUUCUUAUGAUAGGUUAAGCAAACAAGGUAGUCUUCACAGGUUUCGCUCAGAAGGAACAAAGAUAUUUCACUAA